CUUCCAGUAAUCCGGCAUAUAAAAAACAAUGAUCGAGUGACGGCGGAACAAGAGAAAAAAAAUUGUCAAAAGAAUAAUGGCAGGACCGGAAGGAUCUAUCUUCAAUGCUUCCGCUAUGCAAAUCGUUCAAAUCCAUCACUACGCAGAAGGCUCCGUCACGCCUGAAGUAGACAAAUUAUACCAAGACGAUGCAGUAUGGAUCAUCUCUAGCAGUUUUAUUAUUUUCACUAUGCACUCGGGUUUUGGUCUAUUGGAAUCAGGAAGUGUAUCAGCAAAAGACGAAGUGAAUAUAAUGGUUAAAAACGUGGUGGAUGUUGUAUUUGGCGGGCUUUCCUACUGGUCAUGUGGUUUCGGAUUCUCAUACGGUGAUAUUCCGGAAUGGCGAAAUCCUUAUGUUGGAUUUGGAAAGUUUUUCUACGAUCCAACGAGAGAUUAUGGCACAAGGGAGACGAUAAAUCAAGAAGGAUGGUCAUAUGCAAGUUUUUUGUUUCAAUUAUCAUUGGCUACAACUGCAUCAACAAUUGUUUCAGGCGCAGUAGCAGAACGAGCAAAACUGAAAUCAUACAUCCUUCUUGGUUGUAUCGUUAUUUUAAUCCAAGCCCUGCCUGCACAUUGGGUUUGGGACAAAGAAGGAGUAUUCUACAAAAAAGGAGUAGUUGAUUUUGCUGGUUGCUCUGCCGUUCAUUUGGUCGGAGGGAUUAUUGGACUCAUUGCCACAGUAUUUCUAAAACCACGAAGAAAUCGAUUUAAUGAAGACAGUGUUCAUCAAAUGAGUAGUCCUACAAACGCUUUACUAGGAACAUUCCUGUUGUGGUGGGGAUGGUUUGGUAUAAAUGCGGGAUCAGUUUGGGGAAUAACUGGUGGAAGAUGGAGACUUGGAGCACGAGCAGCUGUUGCCACAAUUAUGGCGUCGAUUGGAGGAGGUGCCACUGCAAUUACGAUUAGUUUUGUGAAAACUAAAAAAUUACAAGUCAACUUUCUAAUUAAUGGGAUACUUUCGUCGAUUGUAUCAAUCACAGCCAUUUGCGCAGUAUCCCGUCCAUGGCAUGCUUUAGUUAUAGGAUCAAUAUCAUCUGUAUUUUCAAUAGCUGUUCUACCACUUUUGGAUCGUCUUCAUAUUGAUGACCCAGUUGGAAUUGUUCCAAUUCAUCUGACAUCUUCCAUAUGGGGAAUGAUUGCAGUAGGUAUAUUCUGUGAAGAAGAUAAAUAUUUGGGAAGUGCCACAAAUAACCGAUCGGGGCUUUUGUAUUCUUGGAGUUUUGAACUACUUUGGGUACAAUUACAGUGUACCGCUGCCAUUUUAAUAUAUUCAGCUACCACAGGAUUUUUAGCUCUUUUUCUAAUCAGCAAGAGUCCACUUGGUCUUCGUGUUACCGAUUACGAAGAACAAAUUGGUGCUGACGUCAUUGAACAUGGUUUGGCUGGAACAAAUGUAGCAAGAUAUGUAUUAGAAAAACCAUUAUCCACAAGAACAUUUCAAACAGUCACAAAAGCCAUCACAAAAUGGAAAAUGUUGGCUAAAAAGAAGAGCCGCCAGAAAAGAAUGGAAGCUGCAAAAUUAAAGAGACAAGAAGAGCAGGAGACAUUCACAAAUGGAACUGCCAUAGCAAAUGGCAAUGGAAAUGUUCUCCACCAUCGCACAAAUGCAACCGAGAGUAAUGGAACGGGUGCUCCCAAACGAUCCAAUGGUCCUGCAUUCAAUAAUCAAAUUACACCUUUAGCAGUUAGCAGUACUGUAUCUACUGCUAGAAAUGGUCCAAGUACGGGCAGAAGAACAGAGUCUACAGCUAUUGAGAUUGAACAACCAAUAGAAGCUGUUCCUCCGGAAGUAGUUGCUGCUGCUGUACUUCCUCCAGAAGAACGGCCUGGUCCCUCUACAAAUUCAAACGUAUCGAUCGAGGCUAGUGUGGAGAAGUCACCAAGUUCUUCAACAUCUAGACGAUCAAUAUCCAUUCGAUCUUCUCCAUCUAUACACACAGUCUCUGCAAUUAGUACAGCUGCACCAGACUCGCGACCAUCAACAGCUUCUGCAACAUCUAUCAUUUCAAAGAAAUCUAGCAAAAAUUCGACGGUUGGCAAAUUUGUUAAAGCACCAGCUCCAAGAGCCUUAUCACCGCCGGAUAAUAAUCCACCUGUUUGAAAAAUUUGCAUUUUUUGCUAUUAAAAUCUCCAAUCAACACCGGGUGUUUCCUUGUUAGUUUUAUUAUUUUUAAAUUUGUAACGUUUCUGGCUUCAAUUUCGGGUUUUCUUUUUCUCGUUCACAAAAUUUUUUGAAUAGUAUCUAUUCAAAACCUUUCAGUUGAAAAGCUUCAAUUGUACUUAAGCGCAGUAAUAUUUGUAUUUAUUGGAUUAUAUUUUCGAAAAUAAAAUAUUUUAAUUUGGUU